UGUUCCUUGCAAUUAAUUGAUUGCUACAUCAGCUGCGUGAAGGGUGGAUUCAUUUAGCACGCUCACUCACAGACCGAUAAGUUUACCAAGGGCGCAGUUCGUUGUUAUUUUGGAUACACAAGGGUUAAAGUGGAAUUAUCCCGUUUUUUCGAUUGAAAGAAGAUGACUUCUCCUCGAGUCAUCAGCCUAUCAGUACUGAAUGGUCUUCUUAGUGUGUUCGGGACUGUAUUGAACACUACCGUGGUUUUCGUGAUCUUUAAGAACAAAGAUCUACGAAAGGGACUAAACCUGUUUAUUUUAAGCCUAUCAUUGGCAGAUCUUCUCAGCAACGUCGUAGCUCAGCCAAUUUACAUCUACCUUCUCGCGCACGAAACGGAAACUGAUCGUUACAAAUUGAAGGCGUUUCACUUUCUCACUUUUGUCAGUCUUCACGCUUCGACCAACAACCUGGUCGCCAUAACGCUGUAUCGCUUGAGGGCGCUCUCUCGCCUUUUCAGACAUAUCAUUCUCAUAUCUAGAAAGCAAACUUGGUGCGCUAUCGUUACCGUUUGGUCAGCAGCCGUUAUUAUGGCGAUUGUUUUUGAUAUCGAACCAGGAAGAUCCGCAGCACCGUAUAUCCAUCUUGUCGUCAUUCUGGCGUGGCUUGGAAGUUAUGCAGGGAUAUACGGGCUUGUGCGCCAACACAAGCAUAGAAUUUCUUUUAAAGAAGGAAUGCCUUCAUGUCCUUUUAUGAUGGCGAAUUUGAAAUACGAGAGUGAGGCAGCCAAAACCUCGGCUAUUCUAGUGGGCACAUCUGUUAUCUGUUUCUUUCCCGAUGUAGUGUAUGAACUGCUCGAAAGAGCCGAAGAAACCAGAUUGCAAUGGUCUUACACUUUGCUUUUCGCCAACGCUUUGAUAAAUCCGUGUGUUUUUGUUUGUAGAAGUCAGCAGUUUAGGAGAGCGUUUCGCAAAACUUGCAGAUGUGUGUGAAAAGGGCCAUGGGGAUCGAUAACUUUUAUUGACAAGAAAAUCUUUUAUUUCCUAGAAGAUAAGGUCAGUGCACGCAAAGGGACAAAACAAAGUUUAAAAAAAUUACUUUGUGCUUCAUUAACUAAUCGCACAUUGGUUGUCGCGUAUAUCUGCAGAUCUAACUUGGAGUCUCAGAAUACACAGUAAAAACAAGGCAGAAUGUAGCUUUAUUGGCAAAAAAAAAGGUAAUUUUGAGCACAAAUUUCUGAUUCUUAAUAGUUACGAUAAAAUAAAAGGUCGAAGGAAAACCGAUGUAAUAUCACUGUUUCUUGUGUAGGAAUAUAUUCUAAACUACAAGUUGAUAACCAUUCAAAAAUCGCGAGGAAGCAUGGUCAAAAUAAAACAGACGCGGAUAAAAUUGUCAGUCAUGUGGUACUUAAUUAUGAAAGUCUUGGUGAACACCUAGUUAACAUGUAAGCCAAGCCGCCUACUUUUAAGCCUAUGUAAGAAAUUUUACUUUAAACAAAAUUCAGUUUACCUACGGUGAAGGAUUUGCAACAUUACGUGCUAAAAUGAUCCCUUUGAUUGUAAGAGUCUCCGACAUUUGAACAGCAAACUGUCAUGAUUUCAAAUACACGCGACAAUAACAUUAAUUUAAAUUCUUCUUGUGUAAAUAUUCAGCUACCUGCUAUCGUCACUUUAAAUUAAAUGCAAAGAGUUCACGCACUGAAUGAAACAAGCUGAGAGCACCUUUUGUUAAAAUCCCAAAAUAGGAAAAAUUGUGAGUUGACACGGCACAAUGCACACUUAAGGUGCCCCUCUUUCAGUAUCUUAGAUAAAAUAAAAAAAAAAAAAGGACAAAAAAACUGGUCGUCAAAUCAAGGUAGAUUGAAAUGCGUUUACUGAUAUGUCACCUUAGCUAGUUUUUAGCGCAAUCGCUGAUUGCCACAGUUGAAUAAUUUAGAGUCCCUGUUCGUUUCCCAUCAUGUGAUUGGUUUAUUUUGGUAUAUUUGAACCCCGCACUGUAAAAGUCAUUAAUACUACAGUUUUCAAAUGUGAGUCAGUAGCUAUGAACACCUCAAUGUUUCAUUCUAAGCUGAUCGAACUCGUAAGGAUAGCAUAACUAUGAUAUCACGGUGGCUUAGUAAUUUCCACAUUGAAAAAUGUAAAAGUAACUGCCACUAAUGCACACUUUUUAAAUGUGGCUAUGGGUUGUGAAAACG